AUAUCGUUUUCGCUUAUCGAAAAUAGAACAAAAUUCUGUACUCGAAUGCUGCCACCGAAUUGCAGAGACCGCAAAGAACAAAGCAACUGCAAAGGCAACACGAAUGGAAAUGGAAGGUGCUCUAAAACAACGCUCCAGAUGCACUCACACUCACACCCCGAUUCACAUUCGCAUUCGCAUUCACUGAAGAGAAACUGACCAAAAGGCGAACAACCGUCGAACGAGAGAAGCAGAAGCGGUAGCUACAGAAUAUAAGACACGAACCGAUGUGAUACUUGGGACUACAAAGAACUAAAUUGCAUUGCAUCAAACGAUAUAUAUAUUAAGCAACGUAUUGAAAUUGACAAAGACUUGAGUGCUAGGAGGACUUGCCAAAAAAACACUGAAGCAGACCCUCGGAAAAAAUGGAGCACCUCGAUCUGGCGGGUUAUCUGAGUAAUACACCCACAACAUGGAACAGUUUGGGCAACAGUUUCGAGCAGCAAGAUGCCAUUUACUUGUCGAAUUCCCGGCAAAUGCUGGAGCCCAUCAUGGAGGAGACCAGCGAGGAUGAGGAGCAUGCACAAAACAGUUGGAAUGGCUAUCACGAGCAGCAGCAGCAGCAUCGUGGCUCCACUGGCCAUUGCGGUGGUGGCUUCUGGAGCUCCACAGAGUCGGAAACGGGUUCCGUAAUACGCAUCGAAGUGACAAAAGAUAUCGAUGCAAUUUCCGAAAGAGACUUUGCCUGCCCGCCCAAGCGACCCAGACGCUGCCAGGAGCCCGACCAGCCGCACAGUCUGGAGGAUGGUGUGCAAAUGCGACUACAUCGUCGCUAUGAUGCAGAAUCGCACAACAGUCUGGAGAGAUUCCUGGCCCUGGAGGCCUGUGCCAGGGAUAGCUACGGCAGUCAGGGCCAGAGGAGCAGCACGGGAAGUCGUCGGGGGGGGAUCUUUGACGAUUAUUACUCCGACAAUGAUUCGUUCCACUCGCUGUCGCGCAGCUCCUCUCUGGUGCAGUUUGAGUCCCUGGAGCGGCAGCUGACGUUGCAGGAACAGCACCAGAGCAUGAACAGCCUGGGCAACAGUUCGCCGUCGCUCUUCAACUGCGAAAUGGGAGCCAGUGCCAGUGCCAGCGACAGUAAUCCCGAGAGCAGGCGGGGAUCAGCCACCUCCCUGUCGCUGAUGAAGCGCUACGAGUCCAGCGAUGGACGCCUGCAUCAGACGUAUUUCGAGCUCAACAAACUGAACUUUGAAGAGCAGCAGCGGGAGCUGUUCGCGAAGAACCUCCUCCAAGCGGAAAUUAAGUCGGAUUCCGAGUCGAGCACCAGCUCCUCGAGCGACAGCAGCGGCCACAGCCUCCUGAGCUCCUGCCAAGGCAGCGGAGUGGCCAGUGGCAAGCAGGACGGUGGUGCCGCACGGCGUAUACCACUCAAUUCGGCGGAAAAUCUCUCCGAGGAUUCCGGCUACUGUGAGCCGAGCACAUUGCGACGCGAGAAAUCUAAAUCCAUACCAAAGAAUUUCGACAAGCUGUGCGAGGAGGAGGAGGAGCUGCUGCUGGAGGAGUCUGCAACCGUCGUGCCACAUUCCAAAAACUCCAAUGGCGGACAUGAUUUGUGUCAGACGAAAAUAGAGCAGACUACGACGGAGGCUACUACGCCAGCAGCAGCGGCAGCAGCAAUGUCUAUGCCCAUGCCUCUCUCUCCGUCGUCGUCUAUUAAUAGCAGUACGGAGAGAGCAUCAUCAGCAUCGCCAUCGCCACUGCCCUCGCCACUGGCAUCGCCCAGCGGAUCAUCGGCAGCCUCAUCGUCGUCCGCCGCCUCGUUCACUUGGCUGCGCAACAGUUUGCCCGACAUACGCGAGCCGCGAGGUUCAUCGUCAUCGCCAACGUCCGCCACGAGUCGCCACCGCCACAUCAACGCCGCCAUCGAUCCGUCGCCGUCGUCGUCGUCGUCUACGUCGUCCAAGUGUUUUCCAGCGGAAAACGAUAUACACGGCUACGUGCUGGCCAGCAGCGGAAAUCCACGUUGCAGUCGGAGUAGCCGCAGCAGCAGCAGCAGCUCCUCCUCCUCCGCAGACUGCUCCCCUGUCCUUGGGGCCACCUCCCUGCCCAACGAGCUGCAGCAAUUGGGGCGCCGACGAACGCGUACGCGCCACAAUCGUCCCGCGCCACGGAAUUGCCACAGCAACAGCAGCGGCGGUAACAGCUCCAGCGAGGACUACGACUUGGAGGAGGAAGAGCGUCGCGACGACUUCUUCCUGGACUUUUGUCAGCAGCCCAGGAUUCGCAGGAGCUGCAGCUGGAACGUUGGCAAGAGGGGACUGGGAGGAGGCGCUCCAUCUUCUGCUGCGGCAGCAUCCACCGGUGCGGGUUACAUGAACGCCAGCUAUCAGAACCUUACGCUCUUGGAUUACACGGAUACACAGCCAGAGGUGGGAGAUUUGCAGAGGAACUCCAAGAGAAGUCAACCCGCAGAAGAGCCCUUGGAACACAGCCAACCCUUGGACAUGUCUGACAGGAGCAGUCAACCCUUGGAGAUGUCCAAUCGAAGCAGUCUAUCCGGCGGGGACUACGAGCAGAUCAUCUGCAAGGGGAACUUCCUGUUGGAUGAGCUGAGCAAAAUCUACGACAAGAACGUGUCCAUUCUGAAUGACAGACCAGCAACAGCAGGAGCGGAGGAUCAGGUGGAUAGCAGUCAUAAAUUGGAGGCAGAGGAACCGCCCCAGGUGCAGCAUGUCCAACUGACCAUAAGGAAGCCGCCUCCACGCCAGAAAAAAGUCAGUGGAGAGACCCAGCCCACCACCACGCCCACGCCCAAACAGAGACCCAACCUGCCGCCCGCGGCUGUCUUGAGUUUCUCGAGUUUUGGCAAGACCUUCGAUCAGGAUCCCACAAAUCUGCGCACCUCCUAUGCGCAGUCGCUGGAGCAGUGCAAUUUCGAUGCCCAGGAAAUGAGUCCCACAAAGGUGCCGCCGCCCAGGGCGCUGCCCAAGAGACGCUUCCAGUCCCAGGCGGCGGCGGCCAAGCAGAAGAGCCUCGUCAGCAGCACGCCCAAUCUCUCUGCCUUCGACAACAGCAACGGGGAGACGGAGGAUGACAUCUACGUGAGCAGUGCUCACACAUCGAUGCACCAGCUGCCGCAGUCGGCGAAUCAACCCAAACCUUUGGGCAUUCUACUGCCUGCGGGCUCCCGGAACUCCUUCAGCAAGGAGGUGAGCUUCUGUCCGGUGGUGAGCAAGUACUGCUGGCAGGAGCAGUCCUCGGAGGAGCCACAGGAGGAUCCAGGACUCGGCAGCGACACUCCCGGGCACUCUGACGACGAUGAUGAGCUAAUGGACAAUGUGGACGCCACUGUAAUGCACAACACCAAAGAGAAUGAGAACAUAGCAGCGCGCUACAAUCAAGAGCAGCAGAAAAGAGAAACGCAACCGCAAGAGAGUGUGGUAGUUGAAGUGAGUAUCGAGCUGGAAGAGAGAGCAACAGCAGAAGAGCCAGCAACAGCCGAAGAGAGUUUGGCGACGAUCGCCACGGCAGAGAGCGAUGCCGAAGAGAGCGAUGACAACAACGAAAACAUCGCAAACAUCGCAGCCGCUGCUGCUGCUGCCGCUGCCGAAGCCGAUUCGGAGCCCCGACACGAGCCCGUUUCAAAUUCUGGAAACGAGACUGCAUUCAUUCACGAACAACGCGCCGUCGCGCAAUCAUCGCAAUCGACACCGUUAUCGACAUCGACAUUGGCUUCCAGCUCACCCUCGCCAUCGCACUCUUUGCCAUUCUCCGCCAGUCGUGAUACCGCGCCCCCUCAGCGUCCCCUGAGCCUGCAUCUGCCGAUCCUCAGUGAACCGCCCACGAACCGCGCCCACCACAUACUCUACGCCUCCCAGCAGCUGUUGCAACGCUACGACGAGGAGGAGCCGCACGAGCGCGAGGAUCGCCGCCAAAUGGCACCCCCCGCCAGUGGUACAGUGGAGUCCCCCACAAAACAAAAGGGUGGAAAGUCGCCGGGAAAAACAGACGACAAGCACCCGAGCUCCAAGAGUUUCCUCUCCAGAUUCGCCAAUGGCCUGCGCUUCUCCCUGAGGCGCAAAAAGAAGCAACAACAGCAGCAGCAGCAACUCGAACAGAAGCCUCCGCUGACAAAGGCAGCGCCCGUGAAGGCCACCAAACAACAGAGCAACGGAAAGUCGGCGGACUUCAUACACAUACCCCUGAAGCCGCCAAGGAGUGCAUCGUCCAAUGUCCAGACCUUGGACGACAGCAACGCCUCUGAGGCCAGCACCGCGAGUGUGCACAGUGGUUCGACUCUGGCCAAGACAUCCACAUUGCAGAAGGUGGUUACCGGCAAGCCGCCGCUGCCCAAACAGCCGCCCAGAUUGACGCAUGCGCCUCCGCCAACGGUGCCAGCAAGUGCUACCCAUGCCUAUGCAUCGGAGGCUUUGCUCAGCGCCGAGCGGGAACAGUAUCGCGAGUUUGCGGACCAGUUGUCGGCGGGCAUGCAAGCGGCGAGGAUGCGGGACACCGAGUCGCCCUCGCGGGCCACCGUUGCCCAAAAGACGCAAAUGUUCAAUCAGCUGGGAGCCGGCUCCAGCGCCGGUGCCGGUGCCGGUGCCGGAAUGCGCCCCACAAUGGUCACUGCCGUGCCCGUGCAAGUAUCCCCCGUGCUGGACGAUGAGGAUGGAUCCGGCAAAAUGGGUCUGAUUGAGACGAAUCUGGACACCCACGAGACGGUCAUCUCGGGCAAAACCCGCUCCCUAAUGGACAUCACCUGCAAUCCAUUGAGCCAGCCCCACAAGCGGUAUCUGGUGAAGCGUCUGAAUGUCACCAGUGCCACCUACGACGUGGAUGAUGAUGACCUCCUCGAUGGGGAUGUGGUGGUCAAUGGACACCAUAUCAAAUCCUCGCCAGCUGCCGGCGGUGUACAGAUUGCAUCCGUCAGGAGACCGCACAAGAGCAUGGAGUUUCUGUUGGAUAAAGAGAAUCAAAGGAAUGUUUUGCCCCCUGAGAAUGAGCUACAGAAAUCGCACGAUCACAAUCCGGCCGCCCUGAGUGAGCAUCAGCUGCGCGUCCAGGCCUCGCUGCAGCGUCUGAAUAUCCCCGACUGGUUCCGUGCCUACAACCAGAAUGCCGCACAGGCGCCGGAAGGUGCCGCUUCAGGGGGCACGUCGACCUCUGGCGGCGGCUAUCGGCCGGGCAAUUUCACGCGAAAGCGCACCCAGGACUCGGGCCGCUGGCAGGGACUCAACUCGAAGACGACCUCGCUCAGUUCGCUCGGCUCGCACUCGCAGCGCUCCGAUCGCAGUCCUCUGCUGUUGAGUCCCUCGGCGCACAGCCACCAUGGCGGCCAGAGCAGCAGUGUGAGCGGCGGUUCGGCGGCAGGGGGCCCGGCGCAUGGCCAUCAAGGCCAUCAGGGACAGCAGGCCGGAGUGGGGGCCACGCGGUGGUCCACCUCGCAUCUGAACUCCACACAGACCUCGCCGAGCGUCUCGCAGCGAGGAAGCUUCGCCCGUGGGGCACCCAUCAACAGCAGCUUCAUGUCGGUGGCCAGCAACAGCAGCAGCGUCCUGAGGAACUCCUACCGCCAGCCGUACCUCGGAUGGCGCAGCACGGAGAAGCUAUCCCAGCGGACGCCACACGAACGUCUCGCCAGCUCUCUGCUGGCACAACGCACAACCCCAUCCCCCACAUCGGCGGCGCCCAACGGCGGACGCACUCUGCAGGCGGUGACGCCAGAGAUCCAGAGCUCCAUCAAGGAGGUCACCUCGGCGAUUGUGCACUACGUGAACGACCAGCAGCUCUCCCAGCAGCAGCAGAAUCGCAGCCGAUCCGCCAGUCCAAAUUCGAGGAAAUGCUGGCUUGAGAGCAGCUUUGUGGGCACACGACCACUGGACUCGCCGCAGACACCCGUGAUUGACAGCAGCCCCCCCGCCACAGCCCAGCAGCAGCUGCAGCAGCAGCAGUACCAGCAGUACCAGUACCAGCAGCAGUAUCUGAACCAGCACUAUCCCCAUCUGGAUGCCACCUCGUCGUCGGUGGUAGCCGCUGGACAGCCGCCACUACGCAUGAACGGACUGAGCCGAAUCGGCGGCGGUGGCGCGCCCGAACGCUCCUUGAGCAGCGCAUCGCUAGAAGAUGUCCUUGCCUCGCUUCUAGGACUGCCAUCAGCCUCCUCGUCCCAGAACAGCCAGAACAGCAACAACCAUCAGAACAACAACAACAGAACACAAGCGAAUAACAAGGCACCCACGCAGACGACAGCGGGAGAUUCAGCUAGUCGCCAAACGCUGGAGGUGCUAUCGGCUGCCGACCAGCAAGGACUGCGGCGCCGCAGCGAGGGAGACGCCCCCAGCCAGAAGAAACAGCAACAGACACAACAGACCCAAGCACAGUCCCACAACCAAUCCCAAUCGCAGUCAGCCGGAGUAGGAUCAGCAGCAGGAGCAGUAAGAAUCGGAGCCACAGCAGCAAAUCAGCAAACAAAUGCCAGCAGCGGGAGCAGGCGCGUCUCGUUGGGCGACUCCGCGAACACGGACAAGGUCUGUGGAAGCGGUAGCCAACUCAAUGGGGAGCCGGGACUACAGAUCCGCUGCCGGAACACCAAAUGCGAGCAGAGUGCCUCGCCCGCCGAUGCCAAGAAGCUGUACAAAUCAUGCCACAAUUGUUCCCAUCUAUACUGUUCACGUGAGUGUCGGCGCGCCCACUGGGAGAAGCAUCGGAAGGCGUGCCUGCACUCGCGUGCCUCCAACCUGUGCCGCCAGGUGCUAGCCACCUGCAAGGACGAUCUCGACUCGCAGCGACACCUCAGUCUGCUUGCCCGUAAAGGUAGCAUCUCCCAGGGACGGGGCGUGGUGCGCGUCCUCUUUCGCAGCGCAGAGGCCGCCGAGGGAUUCAUCAAGAACGGAUUCCAGUGCAUGGGAGAGGCCUCCUAUGUGCGGUGGCCGGACCUGAUGCCCGCCGAGAUGGGCCUAGAGCUGUAUUCGGAGCUGCUGAAGCUGAGCACGGAGUACAAGCCGGAGUCCAAGAUGCUGAUCUACGUGGCCAUCUGCGUGGUCUCCGAGGCGCCAGGAAUGGGGCAGGCUCCCGUGCGCUGGGAGCGGCAGCUGGUCUCGCGCUGUGCCAAGCUGAAGCUCUGCAAGAGUGUCCUGGCAGAGCUGGAGAUACAGCAGCAGGCCAUGCAACAGCCCCUGGCCGUGGUGGCCGUGCCAGAACGCACUGAAAUCCUCAUACUCACCUUCAAUCCCGGGCUGCGUGCAGUUCCUGGAAGUCGGGAGCUCAUCCUGUCAAACAUCCUGGACAUUCUGUCGCGCCGAGGAGUGCUGCUGCGCAAGCACUACCCGGAGAUCUAUCAGCGCCUGCAGACCUACACCGAGGGCCAGACUGACAAGUUCCAUCCCGUGACGCUGCAUCCGCGGGACUCGCAAACGGGCCAGAGCUUCGUCUGCAUCAUCAUGCCGGUGCACACGGACAGCGAGUUCAUCAAGCUGCCUUCCGCAGCCGAUGGCGGUAAUCGGGUGACCACCAUCGAUGUCGGCUCGCCGGCAGCUCUCGCCAAGCUGGAUGAUGAUGAGCUGCUGACCCGCACCACGCCAGCGAGUUGAUUAAAGGCCAGCAGCAGCAGCAGCAACAGCAACAGCAGGCCCAGGAGAAGUGGUAGCGUGACGCCUCCACAUGCCUCAUUAUAUAUCGACGCCCUGGGGUGUGGCCUGGAGAGCACGCGGAUGUGAAGGUUGCUCCUUCCCUCGAUUGCUUACAAGCGGCUUCUAUGCAUUGUUCUUUAAACUCUAUACAUAUUUCUCAUCGAGGGCACUACAAUCUCCAAGAAGAGAAUUUAUCCAAAUCAAUAUCUAAACAACCUAUAAUCACAUCAAAAUCUGUCUUUCCAUCUUAGGAUAUGAUGAUGUAGUGCCCUCGCCUAGUUAGUCGAGAUAUUCAGUUAAUCUUCGAGUAGUUAGCGGGCGUGUCUGUACGGUGGCAUAGCCAGAAUCUCCAUAUAUCAGUAGGGCCCUCCACUUGUUGUCUGAAACACCACAAAAAGCAUAUUCGUACUCGUAUUCGUAUUCGUAUAAAUCCCACAAUCAAAUCAUAAAUACCAGCAGCAAGUUGGUUAACCUUUUGAACUCUAUCUAUCGAUACCAAGCCAAGCUUUACCAAUAUCUACAUAAAAGAUACAUCAUAUAUCUGAGCUUAUGGGAGCGACAUUCAGUUAUCUAGCAUUUGAGCCACUUACAAGGAGAUCUAAAGCCCACAUACAAUACAUACAAAGGUAUAUCCUGCAGCUUCCAAUAAACAAAAAUACCAAGUAACACUACUUUAUAUGAUCGUGAAUAAGAGGAAUAGGCCCCAAAAACUAAGCAAAGAAUUUCCUACUAAGCUGCAGCGCAACCUCACUUUUUAUAAAGCAAUUCAAACGGAACAUCACACUAUUGUACUUAACUAACUAUAAUUGUCAGACAUAUUCUACGUGUUGAUCCAAUGAGAGCAACUAAUCUUGCUUACGGCCUUAUUUAAAGUUUGUUAAAUUUGUUCUGCCCCCAAAUAAAAAGAGAGAAAAUCAUUUUGUAGCUUUUCGAAUUAGGUUUUAAUGAUUUGUGUGUAAGUGAUUGAGAGCAAAUAUAGGUUAGCUA